AUGAAAAAGUUGUUAAUUUUCAUAGCAUUAUGUCUGGUGGACAUCUCUUUGUCUGAUGAAGAGGUUUUUGUUAUACCAAAAGAAGUAUACGAUAGAGCUUUCCUAAGAUAUGAAGCGGAACACGACAUCGUUGAUAUUAUUGUACCUUUGAAUGCUAUAAAUUUUGAAGAUGCUGACAGUAGGAGUGAUCCUGAUAAUAGUAUCAAAGACGUGACCGUUUUCUUUGUGGAGGCUGACGUCAAAGAUGGCAAAUAUGAUUACAAAGGACUAUACAGAUUUAAGAACAAUGAAACAAAAAUGAUUCUUCCAACAGGCAGAACUGGAGCGUCUUCUACAAAUGAUAACAAAUUAGUUUACUUCGGUGCAAGCGACGGGUUGUAUGUUUACAAUGUUGAAAAGGACACUGCAGAAAAAUAUGGACCAAUCACAGAUGGUAUUGUGAGUAUUGUGUGUGAUGAAACUGGAAAAACUAUUCACUAUAUAGGCGAUGACCACAAGCUGUACAAAGUCACAAAUAAUGGCGAGAAUAAAGAAGCUGUUAAGGAAGUAGAAGACGCUGUAGACAUGGUGGUAGAUGAUGAAGGAGUGAUCUAUUAUUACAACUCUAAAAAUGAAAUAUAUAUAAAAACUGAUGGUGGACUCGUCAGAGCUCAGAAUCUUCCGGAAAACCCCAAGUCCGUUAGACUCAUUCGACCACCAUUCUUUUUCGGUGAUUCUGUAGCCCUUGUAUGCGAUAAUUCAGUUUACAUCCUCCACGUGAAUGGAACGAGUGACAGAUAUUACCUGGAUUUCAGCUCCGAAUCAAUGCCAACAGCUUUUGGUUUGGAAGCAGUUUUCGCAGUUUACUACGGUCACGAUAAGAAAUUAUAUGAAUUUCAAAUGUUGGGAAUUAAAAAUAACCCAAAUUUUGACAGAAUAAGGGGCAUAACUGAUAAAAUUGCCGAAAAAGCGGAAAAACGUAAGCACACUUUGGGAGCAAAAAAAGACUAA